AUGCCGACAAAUACCUCAUCCCCCGUCAAGCGCCCCGGUCUCGGGCGUCGCGCUGUGUCCUCUCACGCGGUCGUCACGCGGGCCAAUCCUAAUGACCUGUCGGAGUCUCAUACCCAAAAGGCCCCCGUGCAUCAUAAGCCGCAUCGCGCCCAUGUCGUGGGUGGCCACCGCAACCACCACCGCAACCCCUCCUUUGGAAAGAACCUGAACAAACUCCAGCGAUUUCAAUUUGGCGCCGAGUCUACCGGGCGACAUCACCAGCGCAAGAAGUCUGCCCCAGCAACUCCCGUGGCGAGUCCCAAGGGAACCGGUCACAUUCGCUGGGAUGGUGCUUUGGAUGACCACCAGACCGCUCCUUCGAUGAAACGCAAUAACUCGACCCCUGCGCUACGCCGGAGUACUACGGGUCUUGGGAAGAAGGCGCCGGUGGUCGACCGGCCUCAGUCAAGCGCGGGAAAGAAGAAAACUGUCGGAUUCGAGUUUGGUGAGGUUGAAAACGAUGACGCUGAUUGGGAGGACACCACCCAGUCACCCGAAAGCACACGGCGCAACUCCGUCGUGCCCUCGAACCACAGCCUGGAUAAUACCAACAACGCUGUCUUGGUCGACCCGCUCACCUUUGUGAAGCGUCCGUGGCCUCAAAUGCCGCGAGCUACUAGCCUUCCGGAAUCGAUUACCAGCAAACUAGUCCGAGAGAAUACCGAGGAGGACGAGGACGAACAGGGAGAACACAACUCUGCCGAUGAAGUGCGCGACGAGUCCGGUCAACCGCUUGAACAAGGCGAUAUCACCAGCCGCCUUCUCAGUCCCUCACAUUCUGCUAAGGCACCUCCCGCAAUGUCGUCGAUCUCCGCUAUGGUGAAACCAUCAGUCGCAGACCCUGCAUCGCGCAGUGCCUUGAAUCUGGCUGCUGACCAGGAUGGUACUCGGCGAACUUUUUCUACAUCCAAUCUUGGGUUGUCAAGCAUGCCUGGCAAUCAACCCCAAGCUACCUCGUCCUCCAUCGAAGGCGGUGUUUCUAGAUUCAUCGUCAACAACAAAUCUGGCGCACAGGCGUCUCCUCGAACCGAUUCAGAUCCGAACACACCCUCCUCAUUUCUUCCCCACUACCAUCCGCAAACCCCUCCAUCACCAAACCGUGGCGCUGGUAAACCUGCUGCGUCACCUGCGCGACCACGCGGCGCCGAGCUCCCCUCCCGGACUCAGCAGAAGCUCUGGCUUCAACGCACCGCCACACUGAAUAAUUCUCCUCCCGAUACACAUGGUGUGUCGGCGACUGUAUCUCCAGCGGCGAUCGACCCGGCUCAUGCACGCCCGGGUCCUGUCACUUACGAUGCAGGCCGUGGACUGAAUGGUGGGGGCCGGGUCGGCGCCGUCGGGCAUGACAGUGAAGCCCGGCAUGUCCGCAAGGCUUACGAAAAGAUGUCGCUGGAACUUAUGGUUGUGCGACGGUUUCAGUCCCCCAGCGCCGACAGCUUCGCUCGACUUCGAUCGAUUGCGCGGGCAUCUAAGACCGCCCCCGAUGGACCCGAGCAGCCAUCGUUACUGAGCAAAACCGUCAAAUCAGCCCCAUCGUUGCCUCUUCUCCAACAUGGAAAACGUCCCAGUCGCUCAGUCAACUCCAAGUCUCAGUUGGCUGACCAGAAUUCCUCCGCUUCCGAAAACCCCACAACCAAUAGCGAGUCGACCGAUGCCGCGCAGGCUGCCAAGUCGCCUCAUCCAUCUCAUCGUAUCCUCUCCACUUCAUACGAUGGCCCCAGUGGAAUCAGCGGGGACGCCGAUCUCGAGGAUUACCGAGUUAACGAGAACGAGAUGAUGAUCCGCCGGAUGUGGGAGACACGAGAGGUGGCCACCUCGGGCUAA